AUGAAGGGCUACGCUGUUGCGACGGCUCUCACUCUCGGUGCCUCCACCGCCUUUGCUGCCCCAUCGAUCCAGACCCGUGACGAUGUCACUCCCAUUACCGUCAAGGGCAAUGCCUUCUUCAAGGGUGACGAACGUUUCUAUAUGCGUGGUGUUGACUACCAGCCCGGUGGUUCCUCGGAUCUGUCCGACCCCAUCGCCGAUGCUGAUAGCUGCAAGCGUGAUAUCAAAAACUUCAAGGAUCUCGGCCUGAACACCAUCCGUGUGUACUCAGUUGAUAACUCCCAGGAACACGAUGAAUGCAUGAACGCUCUGGCUGAUGCUGGAAUCUACUUGGUGCUCGAUGUCAACACCCCCAAGUACUCUUUGAACCGUGCCUCGCCCAAGGAGUCCUACAAUGAUAUCUACCUCCAGUACAUUUUCGCUACCGUUGACAAGUUCGCCAAGUACAAGAACACAUUGGCUUUCUUCUCCGGUAACGAGGUCAUUAAUGAUGGUCCUUCCUCCAAGGCUGCUCCUUACGUCAAGGCGGUGACCCGUGAUCUCCGCCAGUACAUCCGUAGCCGCAAGUACCGUGAGAUUCCUGUUGGGUACUCUGCUGCCGAUAUCAACACCAACCGUCUUCAGAUGGCCCAGUACAUGAACUGCGGUUCAGACGACGAGCGCAGUGACUUCUUUGCCUUCAACGACUACUCCUGGUGCGAUCCUUCCUCUUUCCAAACCUCUGGAUGGGACAAGAAGGUCGAGAACUUCACCGGAUAUGGUCUGCCUCUGUUCCUCUCCGAGUAUGGAUGCAACACCAACAAGCGUCAGUUCCAGGAAGUUGGCUCUCUAUACUCCAAAGAGAUGACCGGCGUCUACUCCGGUGGCUUGGUCUACGAGUACUCCCAAGAAGCUAGCAACUAUGGUCUCGUCAAGAUCAGCGGUAACGACGUGAAGACGCUUCCUGACUAUGAUGCUCUGAAGACUGCUUUCGAGAAGACCAAAAACCCCUCGGGAGACGGUGGAUACAACAAGACCGGUGGUCCCAACCCUUGCCCCGCUAAGGAUUCUCCCAACUGGGAUGUUGAUAAUGAUGACCUUCCUGCGAUCCCCGAACCCGCUAAGAAGUUCAUGAAGGACGGUGCUGGUAAGGGUGACGGCUUCAAGGGCAAGGGCAGCCAGAACGCCGGUGGUGCCACCUCUACCGGUACUGCCGAGCCUGGCUCCGGCUCUUCCACUGCCAAAGGCUCUAGCUCCAGUGGGGAGUCCAGCUCCUCUUCUGGUGCUGCUGCUGGCCUGCAUGUUCCCAGCAUUAGUCUGGCGCCCAUUGUUGUUGGAGCAGUCACUAUCAUGUCGACCCUGUUCGGUGCCGGGUUCAUCUUGAUCUAA